AUGGCGCCAGCUGUGGACACCAAGACGAGUACUAGAACACCGAGUGAAGAUGCACCCGAUUUGAAGGACAGCCGGGUUCCGUCUAGAUCCGCGCUGGCGGAUUUGGGACCAGGACCCAACGGGCCUCUCUCGACAUCCAACGGGGAGGAGACAGCGAAAAAGGCCCAAGAUCCAUCGGAGGCCCAACAGGAAUGGGAUAAAUUAGCGCCGUCGCUGCAGAAAAACGGUCUGAGCAACGGGGCGGUGAACGGCAGUAGCGGUAGCAAUGGGAGUGAUCGGACGACUCGAGGAACUGUCGCGCAUGGACUGGGAAUCUUAGUCAGUGAUACAAACGGGACGACAUUACUUGAAAGAGAUUCUUCUUCUGCGGGCGACCAUCGAAGAACGUCUUCUCCCCGCCAACGGAAACAGGAAAAGGAAAAGGAAAAGGUGUUGAAGCUCUCUCCGUCUCAAAUAGACACGCUCAUGUCUUCCCCCGAAUCCAUCCCGAUUCAUAAAAUCCCGGAAAUAGUCGAUGAAGAAGAUGACGUCGCAUCGGCCCCUCGAACACUGUCGUCGAUGGACGAGGCUUUGGCCAAGGCGAGAAAUAAAGCCGAGUUUAUGAGAUCUAUCAGCGGCAGCUUCUAUCAGAGACACAACUCGAAGGGGAUUCAUCUGGACGACCCCCCGAGCUUUCUCGUUACUGAUGAGGAUGCACCCAUGUCUGCUCCAAUUCGACAACGGCCACUCGCAUCCCGAAUAGUUUCUAGUCCCGUUGCUCCACGACGCAAUUCAAUCAGCGAUGAACAACGUAUGGGAGCGAGAAUGAAGCCGAAAAAUACGCCCAAUCAUGUCGAUCUUCCCACCCCGAACAAUAUCAAACCUGCCGACCUCCGGGAUCCUAACCCUUCGCCUAUGCCUCAGUCAAUUCCUCUACCUCCUCGUUCCGUUCCUACAUAUCUCCAGCUAGAGCUGUCCUCAUUGCCGCCAUCGCCGCUUUAUAUUCAUCGUUCAAAGAAUGCCGAGUUUCCAUAUGAGUCAUCUCGGGUUAAAAUUGAACGGCUCUUGAAUUUUCUUUUACUUCCACCCGCACUUGAGCAAGUAUUGUGGUUCGGGGCUCUGGCAUGUUUAGACUCGUGGCUAUUUUCGUUUACAAUCCUCCCGCUUCGGUUUAUUAAGGCACUUUAUAUUCUGAUAUCAUCAUGGAUGAACACCGUAGCUUCAGAAGCUCAGUUUGUCAGUGAUUUUGUCAGGAAAGGCGUUGUUCGGGUAUGGCGACGGCGACAAAAAGACACUGAGCGCAAAUCGUCAAGUACAAAACACUCUUCAGACCAUCCGAAUGUGUCAAGUAACGGCUCUUUGAACGGAAAACCCGACUUGGAUACAAGUUUCCGAGCCGAAGGCAGCAGAUGGCGGAAAUUUGGCAAACACCGACGACAAAAGUCCGUUCCGUCAGCACUGGAGCCCGACGACAAGGCUGAUAUUCUCAAAGGGCUGCUCAUGAUCUGCACUUGUGUCAUACUCUCAUACUUUGACGCUAGUCGAAUGUACCAUUGGAUUCGAGGGCAAAAUGCCAUCAAGCUCUAUGUCAUUUACAAUGUUCUUGAAGUUGGUGAUCGGCUGCUUUCGGCCAUUGGACAGGAUGUUCUCGAAUGCUUAUUUUCUCGUGAAGCACUAGAAAGAAAGCCAGACGGACGAAGCAAGGUCGUUCGUCCGUUCUGGCUCUUCAUACUCGCGCUUGCAUAUACGACGCUGCAUGCGACAGCUCUCUUCUACCAAGUCAUAACACUCAACGUAGCAGUGAACUCGUAUUCAAAUGCGCUAAUCACGCUUCUACUGUCCAACCAAUUCGUCGAGAUCAAAUCAACCGUGUUCAAGAAGUUUGAAAAAGAGAACCUCUUUCAACUAACAUGCGCGGACGUGGUCGAGCGCUUUCAGCUCUGGCUCAUGCUGACCAUCAUUGCAUCUCGCAACAUAGUCGAAACGGGGGCAUUUACAUCGUGGUUUACCGUGGGCUCGGGGUUGACAAACCAGGCUACAUCGUUUACGAAUAGCACGACAACAGUGCGUUCCUCUACUUCGAUUCUCCCUCAGUCGUUUACCUUUCUGCCGUCGACGGUGUUUACUUCUUUGACGGGCGGUGCCAACUCGCUGUUAACGCAUCUGGCCCAAGUACUGGGGCCAUUUUUGAUUGUGCUUGGCUCGGAGAUGAUGGUCGACUGGCUCAAGCAUGCCUACAUCAACAAGUUCAACAAUACGCGACCAGUGAUUUACGGGCGAUUUCUGGACGUGCUGGCCAAGGACUAUUACACAAACGCCUUUGCGGACCAGAAUCUGACCAAAAGACUUGGUCUAGCAGUGAUCCCCAUGGCGUGUCUAUUUUUCCGGGUUUCCGUUCAGACUUACCAGAUGUUCCUGCAAGCAUUGCUCCCUUCCCCCGUAUCUUCUACCUCGCACAGCGCAUCCUUGACCGCCAUCCACGAGCACUACUCUAAUCUACCGCACCCAUCGGCAUCUCCGGUGCCGUUCACGAUGCACACGAUGAUGUCGAGCUCUCUUGACUGGCUUUCUCGGAUGGUCAACACCGUGGUAGAAAACGCGGUGCCAUCACCGGUGCAGUCGGUGACCUUUUUCACCAUUGUCCUCGUUAUCACAGGCUACCUCAUCCUGCUCACUCUCAAACUACUUCUGGGCAUCAUACUCUUGUCAUUUUCCCAUUCCCGAUACAGAUCAAUGAAAGAACGCGAGCAAAAGCAAGAACGCGAACAAAACCAGGCCAAGCUUUCCUCUUCUUCGUCGGUGGCACAGACCUCGCAACAACAAAAACAGCAAGCACCAUCUGGCCAGGGCUUCGUCGUCGAAGGCGCCCGACGGUAUGGCGGCUGGGCGGUAGUCGAAGUCGACGACGACAAGCGACGGUGGAUCUACGUGGAUGACCCCGACGGCCUGCGCAAACUGAAAGACCGUGACAAUAAUGCGGCGGCGAAGGACAUUAGCACAACGAGUUUUGAGAGCGUGAUGCGGUAUGAAAUGGCGGCAAAGCGGAUUUGGUAG